GGGGAAACACUGGUGACACUUUAACCAGUACGCAGAACUGAUCCCCAGCCUAGGUGGACCUCACGCCUCUGACAGCCUGACAGUGUGGACCAGACUCCCAGAGACAGGCAGGCGUGCAGUGGCAUGGAGGGACAAGCGGGGUACCUGCGGCGGGCCAGCGUGGCCCAGCUGACCCAGGAGCUGGGCACCGCCUUCUUCCAGAGGCAGCAGCUGCCAGCUGCUAUGGCAGACACCUUCCUGGAGCACCUCUGCCUGCUGGACAUUGACUCCGAGCCCUUGGCCGCACGCAGUACCAGCAUCAUUGCCACCAUCGGGCCAGCAUCUCGCUCCGUGGAGCUCAUCAAGGAGAUGAUUAAAGCUGGGAUGAACAUUGCACGAUUCAACUUCUCUCACGGUUCCCAUGAGUACCACGCUGAGUCCAUCGCCAAUGUCCGAAAGGCAGCAGAGAGCUUUGCAACUUCUCCGCUCAGCUACCGACCCGUGGCCAUCGCUCUGGACACCAGGGGACCAGAGAUACGCACUGGGAUCCUGCAGGGGGGCCUGGAAUCAAAAGUGGAGCUGGUGAAGGGCUCCCAGGUGCUGGUGACCGUGGACCCAGCAUUCCAGAUUCAGGGGAACGCAAACACCGUGUGGGUGGACUACCCCAAUAUCAUCCGGGUCAUGCCACUGGGGAGCCACAUCUACAUUGACGACGGGCUCAUCUCCCUACGGGUCAAGAAAAUUGGCCCAAAGGGGCUGGAGACUGAAGUGGAGAGUGGUGGCCUUCUGGGCAGCCGGAAGGGCGUGAACUUGCCAGGCAUCCAGGUAGACCUGCCUGGGUUGUCCGAGCAAGAUGUCCAAGACCUGCGCUUUGGGGUGGAGCAUGGCGUGGACAUCGUCUUUGCCUCCUUUAUGCGGAAAGCUAGCGACGUGGUUGCCGUCCGGGCUGCUCUGGGGCCAAAAGGACAGGGCAUCAAGAUCAUUAGCAAAAUCGAGAACCACGAAGGAGUGAAGAAGUUUGAUGAAAUCCUGGAGGUGAGCGACGGCAUCAUGGUGGCACGGGGUGACCUGGGCAUCGAGAUCCCAGCUGAGAAGGUUUUCCUGGCUCAGAAGAUGAUAAUCGGACGUUGCAACUUGGCGGGCAAGCCUGUUGUCUGUGCUACACAGAUGCUGGAGAGCAUGAUCACGAAGUCCCGGCCAACUCGGGCAGAGACCAGUGAUGUGGCCAAUGCUGUGCUGGAUGGGGCUGACUGCAUCAUGCUGUCGGGGGAAACUGCCAAGGGCAACUUUCCUGUGGAGGCCGUAAAGAUGCAGCAUGCGAUUGCCCGGGAGGCAGAGGCUGCAGUGUACCACCGGCAGCUGUUUGAGGAGCUGCGCCGGGCAGCACCCCUGAGCCGUGAUCCCACUGAGGUAGUCGCCAUCGGCGCUGUGGAGGCUGCUUUCAAGUGCUGUGCUGCUGCCAUCAUUGUCCUGACCACAACUGGCCGCUCAGCCCAACUUCUGUCUCGGUACCGACCUCGGGCAGCAGUCAUUGCUGUCACCCGCUCCGCUCAGGUUGCCCGCCAGGCCCACCUAUGCCGAGGAGUCUUCCCCUUGCUCUACCAUGAACCUCCAGAGGCCAUCUGGGCAGACGAUGUGGAUCGCCGAGUCCAAUUUGGCAUUGAAAGUGGAAAACUCCGUGGUUUCCUCCAUGUCGGGGACCUGGUGAUUGUGGUGACAGGCUGGCGGCCUGGCUCUGGCUAUACCAACAUCAUGCGGGUGCUGAGCAUAUCCUGAGAUGCCCCUCCCCCUCUGACCCAGCCAGCCCUGGAUCCCAUCCCUUCUACCCACUCCCUCCACCUCACACCCCUCCUACAGCCCCAUAUCUAAGUCUUGUCUACCCCCAGUUCUCCCUACCCAAGGCCACAUCUGCCAUCUAACCCCAUUCCAGGGCGCCCCUUCCCCCUCUCCAUUUCACACAGGCCCUGAAAGUCUGUGUCCAAUUAAGCACUGGCCAUCCAGCUGCACCAACUGUAGAUUCCCUGCACCCAAUGCUCUCAGCUGAGCCCUAAGAUGCUCUGAGCCUUUAAUCUCAGCUAAACUGGUUAAUUCUAUUCCCCCAGGCUUCCCACGCCUGGCGGGAGGGGGGGAGAGGGGAAUGGAGUGAUCCUGUCCACAGUCCCCACAAAAUCACUACUUUAAAAAUAUCCCAUUUCCAGGCAGUCUGACGUUCUCAUACGUGGCCCUCAUGCUAAACUGCGCAUCUCCCAAGGAGUGCCACCUCUUCCUUCGUUGUGACUAACAGUGACAUCAAAGCACCCCCCUUUUGGGAAAGCCAGGGUAGACGUACCCUGGGAGAGCCGAGAGUGGGGGACUCAUCUUGUCACUAUCUUUACAGCCUCUGCUGGGCCUGCAGGCCACUCCCCGAUUGCCGUCAUGCCCACCUCAUGCCUCGCUGGGUUGGACACCCUGCUCCCUCCCCCUGCACCCAGAAAUUCCUUCGUGCCCACUUUGUUCCACACACACACCAGGAGCCAAAUGAGUGUCUCUCUUUUCUUUUUAAACCCAGCUGUUUGGAAGCAAUUAUAAAACUUCUCCCACACAACCAGAACCCCAGAACUCCUCACCCAGGAGAAAAGGAGAUUUAGGAUCCCGGCCCCACGUUCUCUGAUGCUGUGGAGUAGGUGUGGGGACAGAGGGUGUGGUAAGGGAUUUCUCUUGUCCCUGAGAAGGCAGAGGUGCUGGCUGGCCUGCCUUUCCCCAGGCUUGGAUAGCUCGGGCCCUCCUGAACCACCAGCAAACUCAGUAGGGAAAAAAAAACCCUAAAAGUAAAAACAGUCCUGCUCCCCCUCUUGGGGGGCCCGUCCUACCCCUACCCAGAUAGGGAGAGGAUUCCAAUACUGCUGCCAAUGGAAAUGGGCAAGGAGCACAAGAGCUGGCAUGGUGGGGCCCUGUGCCUUCCUAUCUCCUUACCAGGAGGGGAGGGGAGGGAUGAAUAAAGGAAUGAGUGAAUAAGAUGAAUGGAUA